UUUCUUGGUGACACUAAGCGGAACAGCUUGAGCCUUGCCACCUCUGGUUUCUCACCGCAGCUUGGACGUUGGGGUUUUGCCACUGCUAGAGCGACAUCUCAGACUUUUCCUUCCAGAUCUUGGCAGAUCAUCCUUUUCAGCAGGGUCUGCGCAUCGCCGCCGGGAUGAAGCUGGUUCCCGUCGCCCUCAUGUACCUGGGCUCGCUCGCCUUCUUAGGUGCCGACACCGCACGGCUAGACGUGGCGUCAGAGUUCCGAAAAAAAUGGAAUAAGUGGGCGCUCAGUCGUGGAAAGAGGGAACUUCGGGUGUCCAGCAGCUACCCCACCGGGCUCGCGGACGUGAAGGCUGGGCCUGCCCAGACUCUCAUUCUGCCCCAGGACGUGAAGGGCGCCUCUCGAAGCCCCCAGGCCAGCAGUCCGGACGCUGCCCGCAUCCGAGUCAAGCGCUACCGCCAGAGUAUGAACAACUUCCAGGGCCUGCGGAGCUUUGGCUGUCGCUUCGGGACGUGCACGGUGCAGAAGCUGGCGCACCAGAUCUACCAGUUCACAGACAAGGACAAGGACGGCGUCGCCCCCAGGAGCAAGAUCAGCCCCCAGGGCUACGGCCGCCGGCGCCGGCGCUCCCUGCCUGAGGCCAGCCCGGGCCGGACUCUGUCGUUCCCGGAGCCACAGGCACGCGGAGCUCCGGCUUCCCGAGGGCAACAAGUGCUCGCCACCCUUCUUAGGAUUUAGGCGCCUGUAGCAGCAGCGGACAAUCGAGCAGGCAUUCCGCUGGCGCCUCCCGGGGCAGAGGGCUUUCCCGAGCCGAGCCCCUCAGCCAAUGGGGACCGGGCUGAGACAACUCUUCAGAGACCCGCAGUCCGGGAGGCACCGUCCGGCGAUGAGCCAUGGCUUUGCAGGGUCCCCUCCUCUUUGGAGGUAGAGUUCCCUUCGCCCUAAUCGGGCCCAGGUGCCCCAGUGGGGCAGAGGAAUCCGAGGAAAUGUCUGCCAGGCUCACAGAGAGGAGAAACUGAGAAUUAAAUGCUGAGACCCCCGGGGCAGGGGUCUGAGCCACUGCCGUGCCCGCCCACAAACUCAUUUCUCACGGGGUGUCACCCCACCCGGGCGCAAGCCUCACUAUUACUUGAACUUUCCAAAACCUAGAGAGGAAAAGUGCAAUGCGUGUUGUAUAUACAGAGGUAACUAUCAAUAUUUAAGUUUGUUGCUGUCAAGAUUUUUUUUUUGUAACUUCAAAUAUAGAGAUAUUUUUGUACGUUAUAUAUUGUAUUAAGGGCAUUUUAAAGCAAUUGUAUUGUCCCCUUCCCCUCUAUUUUAAUAAGUGAAUGUUUCAGCGAGGUGUAACAUUGUUGUUUGCUGCGUGGAAUGUGUGAGAGUGUUGGUGUGCCUGAAAGAAGGACUGAUUACCUCUUGUGAAAGAAGGAAACACCGUGUCUCUGUAUAAUCUAUUUACAUAAAAUGGGUGAUAUUCGGAAUAGCAAAACAAUAAACUGUCUCAAUGCUGAUUCAUUCUCGGGUCACGCGUCUUGGAAGGGAGGGCGCCUCUGGUACUGGACCGCCGGGGAGCCU